GUCCUACCAAGGAAUGGGAGCGAUUCGUCCCAGCUCGACAAAGACCCUGGAGUUCCUGGCCUGCGCGGGCACUGGGUGAGACCGGUGCGGAAAGCUCAGAGAGAACAAGACGAGGAUAAGCAGGUACCGGGAGGAAUGAAGUAAUGAACCGGUUUGAUACCAGCGUCCGCAGUAGGGCUUACUUGAGUCUGGGCAACCGGCAAUCGAAACCGAUCUUGUGGCAGCCCCGCUUGAAUAUCAACUAUCCCGUGUCGGCGGAAUGGAAUUAUGAGUUGGGUGGUUUUGAAGUCUUCAGCCUUUCCCCUCCUUGCGAGAAAUUACCGACAUUAAGUCGAAAGAAUUCCCAAGGUUCUUUUUCCCUCCGUGGAGCUAUCCGUUUAAGCUGCGAGUUGCCCACCUUCCCGCAUCGGGCUACCCCGCAGAACCCCCCCAUCUCGCAAAUUCCAUGAUUGAGCAACUGCUCGCCGAAACCAGUCCGUCUUGGGAAUCUUGCUUUCUCAACAAAACGGUGGAGGGGGCGACAGAAAGGUCACGGUGCUCAAAAACCGCUUCGGGGAGAGAAAAACCUAGGUCAUCCCCAACCCACACCCCCCCAAACAACCGUCGCCGUCCCGAGGUUCCCUUUCGGGGGUUUGCAAGGUUGUUUGUUGUUGCCCUUUCUUCCUUCAGGCCCGGUUUCCGGUCCCGUUCCUCCAAGGCAACAUCCCCACCCACUCGCAGGAGCCAUACGAUAUCUUGGGUCCAAAUCCAAACGAGGCGGCACUCAAUAGCUUCCCGUGCCUCCCUGUCGAACCACCCCGGUUGUUGUGAAGCACGGCACGACGACCCCAGUCCUGCAUCAACAAGGGCUAGCAUUUGCGAAACACAAAAACCCCGCCAUAAUUCGUCGCUGACGACAUCCUGCAACUGCUUGCCACACCCAACACCCAUCGCUGCCCGCUCUCGCGCGACUGGUAUUCGCUUGGGUCUGGCACACGAGCAACUCACUCCCUGCUUGUGCUGGGAGGAAAGGAGAGGAAAAAACAAAGUCGUGUUCUUCCUACCCCGGUCUUCUCCAGCAUCACCAACAACCCCGCCCUCCCCUGCGCGCCCCGCCGCGCAACACCACCGCCAUCAUGAACGACGACGAGAAGAUCUUGGGUAUUACCAAGAAGAUCGAGCGCGAAAAGGCCCUUAUCAAUGCCGCCAAUCUUAUGCGCCAGCAGACCAACAAUGAAGCCGUCCGCUCCAAACUCGACACCCAAAUGCGUGAGGGGCGUCGCAACCUUGAGUUUUUCGAGGAGCGCCUCCGCGAGCUGCAGAUGCGCCGCCUCGGGCAGUCGA